AUCCCCCAACUCACAACCCGUUUUCAAAAUUUGAACUAUCCCUUCAUUAGCCCGGGCACUCUCCUCUCACUCUGUCAGUCAGGAAGACCAUAAGAUUACACUAAAUACAAGCUUCUUUGAUCGGUUGUACGUAUAGGAAUUGGUUUCGUAACCAGGCAGAUGGUUUCAAGAAUCUGGAAGCUGCUGAAACCGAAGAGCGGAAUGUUGUAUGUUCUAAGAUUAAUCGAUGUAGCCCCGAAAAAGUUCGGCACGGAAAGUGAUAGACAGUAAGUUAUUGUUAGGAGAUUAAUGAGUGAGAGUGUACUUAACUUCGGUUCAAAAACAUCAGACACUGAACACAAGCCUCUGCUCCUGUGCUGUGGUGGGAUCCUUGUCCUUGAAGAAAUUCCCUCUCUCUCUCUCUCUCUCUCUCUCUCUCUCUCUAUGUGUGUGUGUCUUAAGCUUCUCAGAGACAUUUCCGGGGGCAGUGAAGCAGAAGUGAAGGUGGGUUCUUGAAGAUCUCCCUCCCCAAUAGAUCGAUGAAAGCAGGAAACUUGACAUUGAAAAUGUCUGCUCUUACUCGUGAUAUUGUUGGGCGUUGACUUACCUCUGCGUCCGCAGUCUGCAGUUUGAAGGGAAUGGAAGAAGAUGAGAGCUUGAAGAGGAUGACAGAAUGCCUCAGAGGAAGACUGGUUGCAGAGAGACAACAGUCAAAGGCUGCCAGGGAGGAUGCAGACCAAUUGGGCAACAAGUUGAAAGAGCUGGAGGACAAGCUGAAGGAAGAGACUAAGAUGAGGGAUAGAGCAGAAAAGAAGCUUAGACUCCUCCAGGGGAAACUCGAGUCCAUGAAAACUGCAGCCAGAUCAUCGGAUGAUUCAGAACAGCAAUCGAGUUCGAGCUUAUCAGAGAACAGCUUAGUUUCCUGUGAGUCAUCCACGACGACCACAGUUACUUCGGGCACCCCCAAACAGCCACAAGAACAAGAAGCCGGUCCCUGGACGAGGAAUGGAGUAAUGCUGGUAAAUUUGGGGCGUAAUGCCUCAGAAACUACAGAACCGAAGCAGACUGAUGGGAGUUCUUGCACUGGAGAUGAUCAAAAUUCUUGUAUCACGGAAACCUCCAUGUGCCGUGAGAAGGUCUGUCUGGACCUGGAUGGCUUCAAACCUGCUGAUCACAGUAACAUGUCCAGUUCAUCGAGCAGGAAAGUCGAGGAGGAGGAAGACGAUGGAGUUGACAACUCACUGGCAUUAGUACCAGUCGACAAUGUCUUUCCGGAGGAGUCUCAGGCAAGAGAGAUGAAGGUAAUCAGUAGAAGUGUUAGCGAAGUUCUUGAAGCUCUACGGCUCGCAAGGGAAGGAAUUCAGAGAAGUAUGAAGCGCGCUAUUAAGCUCGGCCUCACUCCGGCUCAGGCUUGUUAGUGAUGUAUUACUAUUUUCCUCGAAAUGGUCAGUUCUUCUGGUGUGAAUUGAUGAUAAUGAUCAGAUCAUUUCUUUUCUCGUCA